AUGGCUACUUCUUCGCGGAGCUUUACUGGAAAGAUAUUUUCUUCUCCAAUUCUUACCAUAUUUUGUUUAUUUUAUAUCUUCACUUCCACAGCACUGGCUGCAUCGGCAGUUUUAGGUGUUGAUCUUGGGACAGAAUACAUCAAGGCAGCCCUCGUGAAACCUGGUAUACCACUUGAAAUUGUUCUCACAAAAGACUCUCGACGAAAAGAAACAUCCGCCGUAGCUUUCAAGCCUUCGAAAAAUCCAAUCAGCGGAUCAUUCCCAGAACGAGUUUACGGUUCAGAUGCAGUGGCUUUGGCUGCACGAUUUCCUGGAGAUGUUUAUCCUAACCUCAAACCUCUCUUGGGGUUAACGACAGAAAACGACAUUGUCAAGGAUUAUGGGAUUCGGCAUCCGGCAUUACAGUUGGAGGUGGAAAAGACACGAGGUACGGCAGCUUUCCGCAGCGGCGCCUUUGAUGCAGAUGAGCAGCCAUGGUCCGUCGAGGAGAUAUUAGCUAUGGAAUUGCAGAGCAUUUCAAGAAACGCAGAAGCUCUAGCAGGCAGCCAAGUGAAGGAUUUGGUUAUUACGGUUCCAGUAUUUUACACGACGGAAGAAAAAAGAGCUGUUCUCUUGGCAGCCGAUUUAGCUGGCCUUAGAGUUUUGGAAUUGAUUAGUGAUGGAUUGGCUGUCGGUCUCAACUACGCUACAUCCCGAACAUUUCCAAGCAUUAGCGAAGGAGGAAAGCCGGAAUACCAUAUGGUUUUCGAUAUGGGAGCCGGAUCUACAAAGGCUACAAUUCUGAAAUUUCAAGGACGAACGGUAAAGGACGUCGGGAAACUCAACAAGACCAUCCAAGAAGUCCAAGUCCUUGGCAGCGGAUGGGAUAGAACACUUGGAGGUGAUUCUCUUAACGCUAUCAUCGUCGAUCAUAUGAUUGCCAAAUUUGUCGAAUCUCCGAAAGCACAAAAGGUAUCAGCGACUGCCGAGAAGGUCCAGGCACAUGGAAGAGCUGCUGCGAAAUUGUGGAAGGAAGCCGAACGUCUCAGACAAAUUCUCAGUGCCAAUUCCAAUGCGCAAGCUAGCUUUGAAGGACUCUACGAAGAUGUUGACUUCAAAUACAAGAUCAGCCGGGCGGAGUUCGAGAAGAUCGCCGAAGCUCACGCUGCUCGAGUUGGUGUAGUGAUUGAGAAGGCUUUGGACCUGGUCGAUCUCGCGGUCAAGGAUAUUGAUUCUAUUAUCCUUCACGGAGGUGCCAUCAGAACUCCUUUUGUGCAGAAAGAACUUGAGAAGAUUGUGGGAAGUUCCGACAAGAUCCGCACCAAUGUUAAUGCCGAUGAGGCCGCUGUUUUUGGUGCUGGAUUUAGAGGUGCUGGACUCAGCCCUUCGUUCAGAGUCAAGGAAAUUCGAAGCUAUGACGGUGCUUCUUAUGCGGCUGGUAUCAAAUAUUUAGAUAUACACAACAAGGGUAGACACCAAAGAUUGAUACACCCAAUCACCAAUCUGAAUUCCGUGAAGCAAUUUACUUUCGAAAAUCACGAGGAUUUUACCAUCGACUUCUAUCAACAUGUUGCAUCUUCAGAGAAUGUAUCACCAGGAUCUGCAGAGAAACAGUUGAAAGCCAUCACUACUCAAAAUUUGACCGAAUCUGUAGCUCUUCUCAAAGAUAAGCACCAUUGCGAGAACAAGGAUAUCAGAGUUCAACUGAAGACUCGUGUCAGUCCUGCUAAUGGCGAAAUGGAGAUUAUGAAACUCGUCGUUGAUUGUGAGGUUGAGGAGGGAGAGAAGGAAAGUAUGGUGGAUAGCGUCAAGGGACUUUUUGGAUUCGGGAAGAAAGACCAGGCACCAUUAUCAGAGGAUGAUACAGAAUCAGUUGACAGCUCUAGCACCACGGAAAGUUCUACCACCUCUACCAGUACCACCUCAUCAUCUAGUAGCUCCUCCGCUUCCGCUUCCGCUUCCCCUUCAGCUAAGGAGGCUACCAAGAGCAAGAAGACCUUGAUCGUCGUCCCAUUGAAGUACGAAAUACAACUCAAGGGCAUCCCAGAAGUUCCAGCCUCCGAAAUCACUAGAAUGAAAAAUCGAAUUGCUGCAUUCGACGACUCCGACCGGUCUCGUCGUCUACGUGAAGAAGCCUUGAACCAAUUAGAGGGUUUCACAUAUAAGGCAAGAGAUUUACUCGAUAACGAAGGAUUUGUCGCCGCAUCUACCAAAACCGAACGUUCAGACCUAGAGAAUAAAUCCAAGGCCGCAAGUGAAUGGAUCUAUUCUGGUGGUACCGAUGCCUCCCGUGAUGAAUUCAAAGCCAAACUCAAGGAAAUGAAAGACAUCGUAACACCAAUCGAAAAGAGAAGAGAAGAAACCGCCGGCCGACCUAAACAUUUGAAAUCUCUCAACGAAGCCCUCGAACAAACCAAAUCUAUCAUUGCGAGUAUCAAAGAACAAAUCAAAAAUGAAACAGAAGCCCAUUCUUCCUUCAGCGCCUCCAAAUCUAGCGCAUCAGCCAAUCCCAAGACGACUUCCACAGCCACUGUUGACGAUUUCGCCGAUCUUGAAGAUGAUGAAGUUGUCGGUUCUGCAUCUUCAACAGUAACUGCCCCUCCCGAGGAAGAAACCAUGGACCCACCUAUCUACAGUGAUGCCGAUCUCGUCGGCCCUCAAGAACUCUUCGAUAACAUUUCCAAAUGGCUAUCGGAACUCCUAGAGCAACAAGAAAAACUUGCCGCUACCGCUGAUCCUGUCAUUCUCAUCAAAGAUCUUGCGGAAAAGACGGAACAAUUGCAGGGUCUUGCAGUAGAACUCAUCACGAAGAGCAUGGAACAACCCUACAAAACAACCCGCAAGACCGGACCCAAAUCCGAGAAACCAAAGAAAUCAAGCACGAAAUCGAAAUCAAAAUCGAAAUCCAAAACUAAGAAGUCGAAGAAAACCAGCACUGCAACUGCGGAAGAAGCAGAUGCGACGAUUGAUUUUGGUGGAGAGGAAGGAAAACCAAUGUUCAAGGUGGGAAAGAAUGAUGAGAUGCCGAGUGAAGAGCAGAUUCUGGAAGCGAUUAGAAAGUCGAAGGAGAAGAACGGGAAGGAGGAUAUCAAACAUGGUGAAUUGUAG